UUUGACGUAGAUGUUAUUUCUUUGCUCAGUUGCAGGAAAAAAUCAUUUCGAGAUUUGGAAUAAUGACGAAUAAAAAAUAAUUUUGAACAAAUCAGGUAGUUCCAAUCUUGUCAAUUUUACUGUGCAUUUAUUCUUCCGCGAUAAAGUGUUCGUGAUCCUGAUUACUUGACAGGAGUGCGUAAAAGCAAAGGAUAAAAAUAAACCAUGAACAAGGAAGCGGCUGAGGAUUGUGUGGAGCGAGCAGUUUCCUACCUAUCCGAAGGCAAGAUUGAGAAAGCGGAAAAACUUCUGGCCAAAUCACUCAGUCUGCAUCCAUUGAAGCGGGCUGAAGAAUUAUUGGAGAAAAUCAAAUGUGGUGCUUAUACAAAGAAAGCUACGUCCGGCAACACAUCGGAUGAUGGCGUUAGACAACGACCGACUGCUGGUCAAGGCGGUAAAGCCGACUCAGCAACGGAAGCAGAAUAUACCACGGAGCAGCUGGAGGCAGUCAAAAGAAUCAAGAAGUGCAAAGAUUACUACGAAGUUUUGGGUGUUACCAAGGAUGCCCCCGAUACGGAAAUUAAAAAGGCGUACAAGAAACUUGCCCUGCAAUUACAUCCGGACAAAAAUAAGGCUCCCGGUGCGGUGGAAGCAUUUAAAGCAAUCGGAAACGCUGUUGCCAUUCUAACGGAUAGCGAGAAGCGCAAGUCGUAUGAUUUGUACGGAUCGGAGGAACAGCAUCAACCGGCGACGCGUCGCACUCGAACUCAGUACGAGUAUGCGUACUCGCGCGGAUUUGAAACCGAAUUUACUGCUGAGGAACUGUUUAACAUGUUCUUCGGUGGUAAUAUUCCCACGCAGCACGUUUACAUGCGGCAGCGACGAUUCCACCGUGCUGAACACCAGCAGCAGUACCGGGAGCCUCAGUCGGGAUAUGCGGCAUUUAUUAAUUUGCUACCGAUUAUCCUGUUGAUUGGCCUGUCAAUGAUGUCGUCAUUCUUUAUCUCGGAUCCGAUCUAUAGCUUGACGCCGAGUCAAAAAUUCUCUGUCGCUCGCAAGACUAAUCAGCUGAAGAUUCCGUAUUACGUCAAGGACAACUUCCAUUCGGAGUAUCAGGGUUCGGUUGGCCGGCUCGAAGCUUCCGUGGAGGAGGAAUAUCUUAACAACUUGAAACAUUCGUGCUAUCGAGAACGGAACUACAAGGAAACCAUGCUAAUGAAAGCACGCAACUUUGGCGACCGAGAUCUGUACCUCAAAGCGCAGAACAUCAACACACCUUCGUGCGAUAAACUGAACAGUUUGCACAACUAGUCAACAGCGUUUUUCUCGCUGAGAUCCGUUCCAGGAUGGGCGGAGUAGUCGAGCAACAGGGUUUAAAAAGUGGGAAUGUCAAAUGUAAGCUAAUGCAUGUUUUUCACCUUAGUCCAAACAAUGAAGCAUAGAAAGUUUUACCCUUCGUACAGCAUGAACUGUUAUGAAAAGAAUCGACGUAUGAUAUACACAUCGUUCGUAUGAUUUAGUUGCAAUAUCCGGUCUCCGUCAAGGGACCGGUUGAAAUUGUUUCAGUAUGUUUUAUGUCUUGUACAGAAAGUUGUUUGUUUUGUUUGUGGAAACUAGGUAAGGUAAAUUUCUUAUUUAUUAAACCUAAAUUUUAGAAGUUUAAUAAAAAUGAUAAAUUAUUGCAAUAA